AAUGGCUUACCCGUGGCGAAAUAUGGUCUACGAUACACAAAUUGCGAACAGUUUCGUCAAUUUCUAAGCGGUACCAACCUUCGACAACGCUACCAUCUCCAGUAUGCUUCAGUGAAGUGCGGUAGAAUGAGAUUCUCGUACUGUUUGGGAUUCGUUUGCGAUGGCGAGAAUUAUUCAACCGUAUCUACCGCCGGAACUAGUGCUCCAACCAUAACGUACACUGAUCCCUUCACUUACACUACUACCAGUGCUAAGAGAAGUACCAGUGCUUCCAGUGCUGGUACAGCUACAACAUCUACAUCAGCAACCACUGGAGAUGAUGAAGAUCCAUUCUAA